CUGUACACGUCGAAUUCAGUAGCUCGGCAGCCAAAGGACUUGGGACGGAAGAGCGACGAAGGUCCGCCGCACUGACCAGGCUGCCAAGCCACCCGCCUGCAGCUUCCCCAAACUUUGCGACGAUGCGCAGCAUCCUCGCCCACGUCGCCGCCGCCAUGCCCGUACAAUUCCUUCGCCGCCUCGUGCGGCCGUCCGUUCUCUUCAGGGCGUCGCUCGCGCCCGGACCGCCUCUUCGACCCUCCAUCGCCAGCCGCCUCCCCAAGUCGCCGGGCUUCGGGCCCCUUCCCGCCUCGCGCGCGCACAAGUGCACCUUGAUCCAGGUCCUGCGAAUUGGACGGACACAACAAAGAGCCCGAAAGCUUCGAUCGCCACAGCUGGCCGGCCGGCCGGAAUUGAAGGGUGUGUGCCUGAAGGUCGGCACGACGAAGCCCAAGAAGCCCAACUCGGGAGAGAGGAAGAUUGCGAGGGUCAGGUUGAGCAGUGGCAAGGUCAUCACGGCAUACAUUCCAGGAGAAGGUCACAACGUGCAGCAGCAUUCGGUCGUCAUGGUGCGAGGUGGCAGGGCGCAGGAUUGCCCUGGUGUGAAAUACCAUCUGGUCAGAGGAGCACUGGAUCUCGGAGGUGUCGGAAACCGUAUCACAUCGAGAUCAAAGUAUGGGACCAAGAAACCGAAGGCGGCAUAAGAAGGCAUCGGCUGUUGUAAAGUUAUGUAAACACCUGUACCAUAUCUAGCAUGCAUGGCGUUCGGUCAAGGCAGACCAUUUUGCACACCAGGUUCACUUUGUGGGCAUAUCAUUUCAGAACUGUAGCGCUGUGAAGAGCGCAUCCAUGUCUGAAGAACUGAGAUACGGCACCCUAUUGCACUAGGGUUCGUAAUCUGUCUCCGACGAGCUGGUAGGCUCUCAUACUGUACGAGGAGCACUACACAGGCCCAGGCACAAAACAGUUUCCAUAACAUCCCUAAUCACCGCCGCUACGAUUCAAAUAGUGAGGGAGACGC